UCCACACCUUGCAGCCGCGUCCUCUGCCGCACACCUACAGCAGCGCAGCGCAGACACACACACAGGUAGAGGAGCGCGGAGCCGGAAGAACGAGCAAAUCGGGUUGCUCAAACCCUAUCUCUCUCUUUUUCCAUUUGCUCUCCAGUCACUUUGUUUGGAUCACAACUCCUCGUUUAUUUUUAACGCGCUUUAUUUAUGAAAGUGAAACGGCAGCGGAGGAAACAUGACGGAGCAAGGCAAGAAGAUGAUACUGAUCGUGGUGGAUGUUCUUUGCGUCUUUGUUGCUGCCCUGCCUUCAGCCAUCCUGACGCUGAUGUUCAGCCCGUACCAGAGAGGCAUCUACUGUGAUGACAAGAGCAUCAGCUACCCGUACAGGAAAGACACCAUCUCCCAUGGAGCCAUGGCUGCUGUCACCAUCACCUGCUCCAUAGUCAUUAUCACAUCAGGAGAGGCCUACUUGGUCUACACCAAGCGACUCCACUCCAAUUCCCAGUUCAACCAAUACCUCUCAGCACUCUACAAGGUGGUGGGCACCUUCCUGUUUGGCGGUGCUGUCAGCCAAUCGCUGACCGAUCUGGCCAAGUUCACCAUCGGCCGGCCUCGCCCAAACUUCUUAUCUGUGUGUGCCCCGGCUGUUUGUAAUGGAUACAUGCUGCAGAUCAACUGCACCGGCAACCCUCGCAAUGUCACUGAAUCCAGGUUAUCGUUCUACUCGGGCCACUCCUCCUUUGGGAUGUACAGCAUGCUCUUUCUUUCGCUCUACGUGCAGGCCCGGAUGCAGGGGAAGUGGACACGACUGGUUCGACCCACCAUCCAGUUCUUCUUGGUGGCGUUUUCUCUGUAUGUAGGAUACACACGCGUGUCAGAUUACAAACACCACUGGAGCGACGUGCUGGUGGGGCUGCUGCAGGGAGCCCUCAUCGCUGUGCUCACUGUCCGCUAUGUGUCAGACUUCUUUAAGCAGCGACCUCCUCCCUGCACGAGACCAGACACGGCCGAGAAUGAGCACCUCGAACGCAAACCGAGCCCACAGCCUCCUGACUCUCAACAUGGAAACCACUACAGCUACUCCGGACCUGUAUGAGCACAUCACAAAACACCACCAAAAAAAAAAAAAAAAAAAAAAAAGAAUCAACAGAAACAAAUAUUU